AUGGCAUCUUCUUUAAAUAAUACAAGUAUCCCUGUAGUUGUUGCUGUAAAUGCAGUAAAUAAUCCAACAAGGGUAGCUGCUAAUAAUGAUCAAAACGUUGCAAAUGAAACUAUCGAUAAAUCGGAAUUUAAAACAAAUCCAUAG